UUCCUCACCUACUGUGCCAGAGACUCUGCCAUCAAAGCCCAGACAGCACUGCAUGAACAGAAGACUUUGCCAGGGAUGGCGCGCCCGAUUCAAGUGAAACCCGCGGACAGCGAGAGCCGUGGAGGUAGGGACAGGAAGCUCUUUGUGGGCAUGUUAAAUAAGCAGCAAUCUGAGGAUGAUGUGCUCCGGCUCUUUGAACCAUUUGGGGUCAUUGAUGAAUGUACGGUGCUCCGUGGACCUGAUGGUAACAGCAAAGGCUGUGCUUUUGUAAAGUUCUCAUCUCACACAGAGGCUCAGGCAGCAAUCCACGCACUCCAUGGCAGCCAGACAAUGCCCGGUGCCUCCUCCAGUCUAGUGGUGAAGUUUGCUGACACAGAUAAGGAGAGGACCCUCCGUCGUAUGCAGCAAAUGGUGGGGCAGCUGGGGAUAUUCACUCCAUCUCUCACCUUGCCGUUCAGCCCAUACAGCGCCUAUGCGCAGGCUCUGAUGCAGCAGCAGACGACGGUUCUCUCCACCUCCCAUGGCAGCUACCUGAGCCCAGGCGUCGCCUUCUCUCCUUGCCACAUCCAACAGAUCGGUGCUGUGAGUCUCAACGGGCUACCAGCCACUCCACUUGCACCAACGUCAGGUCUACAUUCACCACCUCUCCUGGGAACAGCAGCCAUGCCAGGGCUGGUAGCACCCAUUUCAAAUGGAUUCACUGGAGUGGUACCAUUCCCAAAUGGGCAUCCAACCUUGGAAACAGUUUACACCAAUGGCCUUGUGCCAUACUCAGCCCAGAGCCCUUCAGUAGCAGAGUCUUUGCAUCCAGCUUUCACAGGAGUUCAGCAAUAUGCAGCUGUAUAUCCAACCACCACCAUCACCCCCAUUGCCCAGACCGUCCCUCAGCCACCUCCCAUUCUGCAGCAGCAGCAGCGAGAAGGUCCUGAAGGCUGCAAUCUUUUCAUCUACCAUCUCCCUCAGGAGUUUGGAGACAAUGAAUUGAUGCAGAUGUUCCUGCCCUUUGGGAAUAUAAUUUCUUCCAAGGUAUUCAUGGAUCGUGCCACCAACCAAAGCAAGUGUUUUGGUUUUGUAAGCUUUGACAACCCAUCCAGUGCACAGACUGCUAUCCAGGCCAUGAAUGGCUUCCAGGUUGGCAUGAAGCGUUUGAAGGUCCAGUUAAAACGACCCAAGGAUGCUAACCAUCCCUACUGA